AUGUCAAAAGUACCAGCAAUUUAUCAAUUGGGUCAUUUACCAAUUAAAGAUCAUAUUUUCUCACCAGAUCGUUCAGUAUUAGCAAUUACAAAAGAAAAUGAAAUUGAAUUAUAUAAGAUUAACAAAUCAAAUUUAUCUCAAAAACCUCAUUUAAUUACAACUUUGAGAGGUCAUGAUAAAACAGUUACAAGUAUAGAUUUCUCACCAGAUGGAACCAAGAUAUUAACUUGUUCACAAGAUAGAAAUGCCUUAGUUUGGGAAAAACCACCAGGUGAACAAGAAUAUAAACCAACAUUAGUUUUGUUAAGAAUCAACAGAGCUGCAACUGUUUGUAGAUGGUCACCCGAUGGAUUAAAAUUUGCCGUAGGCUCAAGUGAUAGAAUCAUUGCUAUUUGUUAUUAUGAAGAAGAAAAUGAUUGGUGGAUUUCCAAGCAUUUGAAAAAACCAAUCAAGUCAACAAUAACAAGUUUAGAUUGGCAUCCAAAUGGGAUAUUAUUAGCUUCAGGAUCAACUGACGGCCAUGUUAGAGUAUUCUCAGCUUACAUCAAGGGAAUUGAUUCCAAACCAGAACCUUCAGUAUGGGGUACUAAAUUACCUUUCCAAACACUUUGUGGAGAUUUUACAAAUGAAACUUUGGGUUGGAUUCAUGGAGUUAAAUUUAGUCCUAAUGGAGACGCAUUAGCUUGGGUUAGUCAUGAUUCUUCAAUUGGAAUAGUUUAUCCACAAGGUGAAGGUUUAGAACCAAAAUCAAUUUUGAAUUUGAAAACUAAUUAUUUACCUUUUAAAUCAUUAGUUUGGUUAUCUGACGAUUCUUUGGUUGUAGGUGGAUUCAAUUGUAAUUUAGUAGUUUACAAAGGUAACGAAUCAAAUUGGGAAGAAUCAUAUCAAAUAGAAGAACAAAAAGAUUUGACUAAAGAUACAACCACCACAAAUGAAGAAGAUCAAGAAAUUUCAUCACAUCAAGCUUUAAAUAUGUUUAAACAAAUGGAUUUAAAAGGUAGAGCAAAACCUUCUAACAAGGUAAGUGGUGGUGGUAAAGCUUUAAGCACAAUUCAUCAAAAUACUAUUUCAAGUAUUAAGAAUUUUUCAAGUGAUAAAGUUUCAACUUCUGGUAUUGAUGGUAAAGUUGUUAUAUUUAGUGUAUAA